CUGCACUGGCCGAACGCACUCCUCACACAUACUAUACUUCCUCUUUUUAUUUAUCUUUAAAAGAUCACGCAUCAAGGAAGAAUAGGCGAAUAUAAAAAUGGGUUCUGCGGAGGUCGACAACGGAGCUGCUUCUACUCCUCUAAAGCUUUCUCCUUUCUCCUUCCCGACCAGCAACGCAAAAUUAGGGACGCCGCCGCCACUUCGUUCCACUACUAUUUCAAUUCCGUUUCAGUGGGAGGAAGCGCCGGGAAAGCCAAGACCCUGUGAUGGUGAGGGGAAGGCUGGCGGCAGUGAUGCUGUGAGAUGCUUGGAGUUGCCUCCAAGGUUGUUGCAAUUGUCUGAGGAUAAGGCUAUGCCGUCCCCGAUGACUGUGUUGGACGGGUCUACCGUUGGUCGGUCCUUGUCGUUAAGGAAAGGAAAGUCGUUUAGGAGUUCGGAGAAGGUUUUGUUUGGGUCUAGUAGGUGGGGAAGUUUUAGGAAGAUGAGUGAAGAGGUUGCCGCCGACAAUGGUUUUGAGCUUUCAUCUAAGGCCACUAUUGAUGGCGACGAUGGUUGUGGCGGUGGUUCUGGCGGAGGUGGUGGCUCUGGCGGAGGUGGUGACCGUACCAAGGUGAAAAUGACAAGAGGUAGGAGGAAAGGGAGAUUACUGGGUCUUUCUCAUGCUCGAACGUCACAUGUGUUGGCUAGCAUUUAUGCAAGUUUGAAGCAGGUGGUCCCAUGGAAAAACAGAACCGAGCCUCCUGAAUUUCCCAAAUAACAAAAACUCACCGGUUUAUGCAAAGAAGAAAGAAAAAAAAUUUUUUCUUAACUUGGUGGUAAUCUCUUUUGAUUAAAAUAUAAUUAAAUGAUGUUCAAGUAGUAAAAUUAAAUGAUAUUAAAUUUAAAGUGUGAGUAUGGGAGUGAGAUGUGUAAGAGUAAGAGCAAUACUGUUUACAUUUUUUUACAUGUAAUCACUAGGAAUUAAUUGAACAUCGACUG